GUUCUCAAAGAAGGCGGGGCAACAGAGGCCGACAAGCUUGGGGAGGUGCGGUAUUUCCGCCUGUUCGUGGACACCUUCCAUGGUGACGGGACUCCGCGCGAGGCCAAAGAGGCCCUGCAGGCCGGAGACUAUGUUGAAGUCACCAUCAGGGAGGUCUCACUGGGAGCAGCUGAUGCAGCAGAAGGUGGUGUGGAUAAAUCGGUGGAUGAGUCGGCGGACGAGUUGUUGGAGCAGACCCAAGUAGAUGAGUCGGCGGAUGAAUCGUUGGAGCAAACUCAAGUAGAGGAGCUUCAAGAGGAGGACAAGACCCCCUUCCAGAUCUACAUUCCUGAUCAGGACUUAAAGGAGAUGGUUGAAGAGGGAGUGACGGACCCCGCUUGGCCCACUAGAAUUGUGCGGGCCUAUAUUCCAAACACGACCUGGACUCUCGAGUGGAUAUAUCUGGCGGGGGAUGAAGAUGCUCCACCCAUGGACUAUGCCUUUCUGGACCGUGUGUCAUCCAAAGAUCCAGAUACCUGUCGCGGCAAGGAUUUCUACAGGGGCCUGAGGAAGGCCUGGUGGAAGAGCACCUUUGCUGUGGCUAAUGCUUCGGAUGCUGCAGACUUUGCUGCAAGGAUCCUAGGAGCCAAAAAAGAUGUAG